AGUAGAAGCGAUGAAGAGGUCACAGCAGCCUUCUUGAAAUCCAAAGAUCUUGAGACAUGGCAUCUAAAAGUGGAUUGACAAUUAACAGUACAGUUCGUUCAUUUUCAAACUCUGUUGCCAAUGUGCUGAGUAAGAUAGAUCCUAACCGCUCAGUUAAGACUGCCAACGUGAUAAAAAAUAUCAGCAGCUGGAACAACAGUAAUCUUGCCGUUUGUCCUGGUGAAGGCCCUCGAUACGGUGAUUUCAAGUGCAACCAUGACCGAACGCACAGAGUCUGUGCUCAGCUUGUAGACAACUCUGAAGGACAGUGCAAAGAGUUGGCUUGGAAUGAUGAUCAACAGAGCUUUUGGCAAAUCACAGGGCAACAAAAGUGGAACUGGAAGACUAACAUAUGUAAUCCUCCUAACCCUGGUGACAGCUGGUGUAUCUGUAUGUGGGCCACUGAAAGUCUCAUAGCCAAGGUUGGCUGUGACAAUGUGCACAUUAAUUGUGAGGCUACGGACAUCCCCUAUCUUCUUAGAUCCGUUUCUGACGGUGGAUGGGAUCUCUCCACAUCAAGGGAAUGUAUUAAGAAAAAAUGUCCAGAACCCAAAAACCGGCCAGAGCCCCAUCUGAACCCCAAUCCUAACAAAUCCUCUGGCUUGUCAGGCAUCCAUACACACGAAUCAUUGUGACUAGUCUGUGUAGCUUGGUGCAUCAUGGGGAUUUUACUUUGAAAACAUUUUAUCGUUGUUUUAUCUACUAUCAAUUAUAUUAUAACAAAUUAGCUAUGAACCAUACAGAACUGCUGGUGUGCAAUAUAUUACUUGUUUUAUAACGGAAGCUAGAUUUAUAUGGAGCUUAUUUACCUAUUAUAAAGAUUGAUGGUUUAAUUUCUAUAUUAAAGCAAUUUUUUGUUACUAGGUGAAAUUAUUUAUGAUUGCCAUCUAUAUCUUGACCCUCUUUAACUAUUUGGCAUCAUGAAUACUAUUUUUAUUUGGGGCUCAUUUAAUUAAAAUAAAUUGAAGUUUGAUAACACCACUAUUAUAAUAUCAUCAUAUAUUAUGGUGAUAAGUGGUAUAAUUUUUAUAUUUAAGCGAUUGUGUUUUCCUAAUAUCAUAUUAUUUAUGGUUGCCAUCACAUCUUGACCCUCUGCAUUAUUUUGGCAUUAUGUUAUUGAUUUUA